AAAACCAUCUCCCUCCCGGUCUCUCCUCACUUCUCCGCUGCAGUCGGAUCUUCAUCACCGUUAAGAACAAUACUAGUGUUGUUUUCCCAUCUUUAAACAUGCCUCAGGUCAACAGCUGCCUCAAAUGGCUCCUAACCAUCUUCAACAUCCUCUUCGCGAUUGUCGGCAUCGUCAUCAUCACGCUCGGUCUGACUUCUCAGUUCAACUACGUGAACGGAGUCAUGAAUCUGGACUUGAAGCAAUCACACUUCUACAUCGUGGGCUCCAUCGUCAUGGUGAUUGCCAUCCUGGGAGCCGUUGGCGCCUACAAUGAGAGCAAGGCGUGCUUGGUCCUGUUCCUGGUGUGUAUGAUUCUUGGAAGUAUUGCGAUGCUCCUCCCUGGAACCUUAAUGGCUGUCUUCCGUUCCGAGGCGGCAAGCAUGCAGGAUAAUCCUUAUGAUGGUCAUCUGCCUAUGGACCAAGCUUCACCCAUUAAGAGACAGGAUGUCGAAGAAAUGCAGAUGGAGAUGCAGUGCUGCGGUCUGUUCAGUUAUGAGGACUGGAAGGGAAACAUCCCCGACUCUUGUCUGUGCAGCAAGUUGGAUGAGAUGGAGGGAAAGUGUCAGACAGUCGACUACGGACAGAAGUCUGUCUACAGCAAGGCCUGCUUCCCCAUCAUCUUCUCCGGGAUCAUGCAGCUCUAUGACAGCGUCAUGGCGAGCUUCUUAACUCUGGCUGUCCUGGGGCUCCUGGGCAUGGUCCUGUCCUCCGUCAUGAUCCACCAGCUGCGUUCCCCCAACAGACCCGUUUUCCUGAUGACGGCGCCACCCUUCACCAAAUCUCCCCAAUACGAGGAGCUUCACAACGUUCUUCCUCCAAAGUACUACUAGAGGACCACCGGCUUCCCUCAGACUCGCUGUUAAAGGUCAGGAAGUCCAGCUGUUUGUCCCAGUGUCCAAAGUGCCUAAACGUCCAAUGAGGAGUCCCGGCUGUCGGCUCCAUCCAGAUCAAACGCAAAGCAGCUUUUUCUUUUUAAGAUUUAUUUUGGGCAUUUUAGUAAAUUGAGAUCUUUGUUUUUAUCUGCAGCAACAUUAUUAUUCAUUUCGAAUGAAUGUGAUGGGUGUGUGCUUAUUGAACGCUUAUGUUUUGUACAAAUACAACCAGAGAGGGUUGGGUUUGUGGAUGAUAGAAUGGUUAUAUAGGGUAUUUCACGCUGUUCCUAACAGGGUAUGUAACAUUGGUUGGGCUGAAAAUGUCUCUUUUGCUGUUUUUUUUUUUUUUUUAUUGUUUUUUGGCCCUAAUGGGACUGGACUGAAACAAGAGCUUUUCUGCCUUAUAUGGUCUGCUCAUGAAUAUUUAGAUGAGCUGUACACUGAUUGGUUGAGCUUAGCACACACACACACACACGUUCCCCUCUGUGCCCAUGUGAUGCGACCUAGAUUUAGAAGACUAUCUGACCUCAGAUCAGUUAGUGGCCUAGUAUGUACAUUUUGGGGCGUUACAAAGAUAGAAGGUAGAGCCAAAUGAGGAGGAGUUGAGAAGUUAACUUUUAGCUUUGUUCAGAUUGGCCUGUUUUCAACAGCAGUUCCAAAUUAUGAGAUUUGCAGAGGAAAGAGGUGUCAAUGGGAUUUAGAGGUUCUCUGUAUGUCCUAUAUUUACCCUCCAAACUUCAUUUUUCAACUAUGACAAGGUAGUCGGUUUUGCAUUCUAUCGCCCCUUUUUAACGUUUUUCUGUCACUGUUCUUCUGAUAAUCACAAGCUUAUUAGUUCUCAAGAAAAUGGUCUCGUUGCUUGAAUUCAGACUUUUUUUUUCUAAGGAAUUUAGUACCGAAAAAUGCUCUUCUGAAUAAACGCACAACAGUUUUUCACCAGCAACACAAUCUAGCCAAGAUGUAGAUGUAAGGAUGAUUUCAGGGUGGUUUCUGGUUAAACAAAAAGGAUCUGAUCUAUAACAGAAAGCUCUAUCUCUGCAGGGAUCCUUUCCUUAAUGUAAUUGGGGGUGGGGGACAUUAGGUGGGGAGGUCUGGGGCCUUCCUGACCUUGACCCCGGUCCUACAAGACUGGACCAAGACGCUGCCCUGGAAUCACAUCUGGUUGGUCGGGCUGCAAAUGAAAUGACGGAUAAUUUUUUUUUCUACAAAUUGUUACUGUAUAAUUUUUGUGUAUUGUUAUACUGCAUACUUAACAGUAUAUAUAUUUUUUUAAAGAUUUCUUACUGUCCUUUCUGUUUUUUAUUCUUUAUAUGCUCUCAAAUAUGUUGUACUAUUGGCCAAUAAAGACAUUCUCAAAAAUGUUGUACCAAUGUACAUGCAGACCUGUGUUAGAAGGUUUUUCAUACUUUGUUUACAUUGUGAAUCCUGCUUACUGUAAGUGGGUCCAAUCACACCACUACUCAGGGUUUCCUGACAAGGUUUGAUGCUGAACAUUAUCUCCUUUCUGUAUGAUGAUGUGGUUCAGGGUUCUGGAUAUAUUUUACACUGUACUUAAAAGUCUGAUUUUAUUUUUAGUUGCUCUGUAUGGCUGGCACCUACUGCAGAAUUGACAAUAAAGUCGCCUUGACUUGA